AUGGAUACUUUGACAAAGAAGGUUGCGAAGGUCUCCCGGGGCUUUUCCUACACAUAUUAUGCAUCAACAGCAUCAAGUGGGAAGCCGACCAUUCUUCUCCUUCAUGGGUGGCCGGAUCACGCGGCACUGUGGGAGGAUCUUGCAACACGCUAUCUUAUUCCACAAGGAUAUGGGGUCAUUAUACCGGACUGUUUAGGCCAUGGCGACACCUCGAAACCCACUGACCCGGAGGUCUUUAACUCAGCCGGAUUGACUGGCGACUUUAUUGAAGUUCUAGAUGCUGAGCAUGUUGAAACGGUUAUUAGUAGUGGGCAUGAUUGGGGCGCGGGUCUUGCUCACCGCUUCUAUGUUUUUCAUCCUGAGCGUUGCUCUGGAUUGAUCAUGUUGAAUUUUCCGGCAUCUCCUCCACCACAAGGGCCAAUUGUGAUGGAUCAGCUGGCUCCGGCAAUGAUCCAAGCUAUUGGCUAUUUCACAGGCUGGUACUGGGCACUAUUUAGUGAUCCGGUUGCCGGACCUGCACUGUUAAACGAGCAUGCUGAAUCGUUGUUUACAGCGUUGCACGCGGAACCAAUAGAAUGGAUGAAUACGCUUUGUGCAAAAGAUGGGCUCAAAACCUGGCUGGAGCAGGACAAGAAAGGACCCGUGCAAGACUAUGCGACCAAUCAAAUGAGAGAAAACUUCAUCAAUCGCAUAAAACGGGAUGGCUUUGAAUCGUCUUUAUGCUACUACCGAUCGCUGCUAGAUGGCCGUUUUUACGAGCAAGAUUCGCGGUUGCCGGCUGAGAGAUACAAAAUCAAUGUGCCGUACUUAUUCUUUGCGGGAACACAAGACGUUGUUUGUCGGGCACAGGGAAUUGAAGCUGUUAAAUCCCUUGGAUUGGCACCUCACCUGACAGUGAAAGAACUGGAUGCUGGUCAUUGGUGUAUGCUCGCGAAACCGGAUGAAGUUGGAACGUACUUUCUAGAGUGGCUGAGGGAUAAUUGUUAG